AAAGAAAUAAUGACUGACUUGCAAAUAUUAAACUUACUUGCAGCACGACUUCGACACACAAGAUCGUUGUCCAGUAUCAACCGGCUAAAGGAGUUGCUGGGUGUACGCAUUCAACCCGAUGUGCCCGUGCAGCCCAAAAAAUCCGUCCAAUUCGAUGAACAUGUGUAUAUUCUACCAACCUAUAGCGUGGCACAAUAUAAUCGAACGAGUGAUCGCACCAACACAUGUUAUUGUCUCAAUGCUGAGACGGCGUGUUUGAUUCGUGAUGAGCUAAACCGCUACAAGUUAUAUGAGAUGGAGAUUCAUGCCAAAAGCAAAUACAUGACCCACUUCAUUCCAUAAAUCAAAAUCACUUCCAUACCCCUACCAAUAACACAUGUAAAAGUUUUUAACACUUGAUAAUCAUAAUUUACAUAAUAAAGGACCAU